AUGUCAGCAUGCGCAAGAAACCUCGACGAUACAGGUGGAAUCCCCGGCGAGCCCCGGACAGCCAAGAGUAAAGUGCUCGAAACCGGAGCUUCAAUGAUCCAAGACUUCACGCCGGUGAAACAGAUCUGCGCACACCUCAAUGCAUUCCACGUUUACGCCAACGAUCCAACCCGAUGCAUCGAAGCAAAUCAUUACUGCACCCAUCUAACAGAAGACGUGCGCCAAUGCCUAAUCUACGACUCCCCAAAAACAAAUGCCCGCCUCAUCGGCGUAGAAUACAUGGUCUCACCCCGGAUCUUCGAGACCCUCCCAACAGAAGAACGCAAGCUCUGGCACACGCACGAGUUCGAAGUGAAGAGCGGCAUGCUGAUCAUGCCCGCGCCAACUGGUGUCCCCACGUCUGUCUGGGAGGCAGCCGAAACGGCUGAGAUGCAGGAUGUUGCGCCUAUCUAUGGGAAGACGUAUCACUUCUGGCAGGUCGAUCGUGGGGAUAUUGUACCUAUGGGACCGCCGCAGUUGAUGGGAAGUUUUACUUCAGAUGAGAGCGUGAAAGCUGCGAAGCCUGGGGGGUUGGAUGAGUUGCUGGGCGAGCGGGAUGCGAGGUUUGGCGUUGAUUAUCGACAGAAGGCUCAAAAAAGGGAGGGCAUUGAGGCGGUCGAGAAGCAUUCCGAUGCUGAUACCAUGUGGGCGUCGAGCUAA